AUGUCCGACUCAUCUGCUCAAGAUGAGGCCAUCAAAGCCAGGAUCAUCAAACACAUGAAUGAGCAGCAUCGAGAUUCUAUCGCGAGAUACUUGGAAAAUUAUGCCAAGCUCUCAUCCUUCAGCGCAUACGAUGGCAUCUUGACCGACAUCGAUCUUGGAGGCCUGACACUUUCUUGCCACGGACGGUCUCACCGUAUUCCGCUCGAGCCUCCCAUGAAGAGCUACCGCGAAGCGCGAGAGCGGGUCGUCCAACUCGACAAGGAAUGCUGCCAACAAUUAAAUCGCUCAGACGUGACUGUCAAAGAAUAUCGAUCUCCCCAGGGCUUUGAUGCACUUGUGUUCAUGGUUGUCUCGGCCACGUUCUUGGCUUAUAGCCAAAGGUGGUGGUUUGAGAAGGGGCAGGUCGUCGAGGCAAUACUGGGAAGCUCGUUCGCUCGCUUCAGUCGGACCAUUCAGCCUUGGCUCUUCUGGUUCAUGGUCGCUCUUCACGGUGCGGAGACCAUUUACUUCGCCUCCGCCCAGUUGUCUAAGCAUUCGGUGUCCGCACGGUCACGGAUUUGGUGGUUGUGGACAGGCUCCGUCUUCAUAGAGGGUGUGUUUGCCAUGAAACGAUUUUCUGCCAUGGUCACGGCGCAGCGGGAGAAGCAGAAGCAUUAG